UUUAUUCUCCUCUCAUCCGAUAAGCGCCCUUUCCCUUUUCGCUCCCUUCUUCCUAUCAUUUCCAAGAUUCUCCGAUUCGGAUCUGCAUUUUCUCGAGCAAUUCAUGGCUUUAACGAUCCCUAAUGCACCUUUUACAGUGAAUUGCCAGAGCUAUGUUGAUCUGAGAGCAACACCAACGAAUUUGAAGUUGGGCUGGCCCGCUACUGCAACAAAGUCUCUUCCUCCACGCCUCUUCGCCGUAAGAGCCUGCAACGGUGCCGGCCAUCUGACCGACGCCGAUUGCGAAGCUUCCGUUGUCGCCGGAAACGUGCCGGCGGCCCCUCCCGUUCCGCCAAAAGCGGCGGUGCCCAGUGGAACCCCGGUGGUACCUUCACUUCCACUUCAAAGGCGUCCUCGUCGUAACAGGAAGUCACCGGCGCUUCGAUCAGCUUUUCAGGAAACAAGUUUAUCAGCUGCGAAUUUUGUGUAUCCACUUUUUAUACAUGAAGGUGACGAGGAUACCCCAAUUGGGGCUAUGCCUGGAUGCUAUAGGCUUGGUUGGAGACGUGGGCUUGUAGAAGAGGUUGCCAAGGCACGGGAUGUUGGUGUCAAUAGUGUUGUGCUCUUCCCUAAAAUUCCAGAUGCUUUGAAGUGUCCCACAGGAGAUGAAGCAUACAAUGAGAAUGGUUUAGUGCCUCGAGCAAUACGUAUGCUUAAGGAUAAGUACCCUGACCUUGUUAUAUAUACAGAUGUUGCAUUGGAUCCUUAUUCAUCCGAUGGGCAUGAUGGUAUAGUUAGAGAAGAUGGAGUUAUUAUGAAUGAUGAGACAGUUCAUCAGCUAUGUAAACAAGCUGUAGCCCAGGCUCAAGCUGGGGCAGAUGUUGUCAGUCCUAGUGAUAUGAUGGAUGGUCGAGUAGGAGCAAUGCGAGCAGCUCUCGAUGCUGAAGGCUUUCAGCAUGUUUCUAUAAUGUCUUAUACAGCAAAGUAUGCAAGUUCAUUUUAUGGCCCAUUUAGAGAAGCACUGGACUCAAACCCCCGGUUCGGAGACAAGAAGACUUAUCAGAUGAACCCAGCAAAUUACAGAGAGGCUCUGACUGAGAUGCGGGAAGAUGAAUCUGAAGGAGCUGAUAUUCUCUUGGUGAAACCUGGCCUUCCUUAUUUGGACAUCAUAAGGUUGCUUAGAGAUAAUUCUCCUUUGCCAGUUGCAGCAUAUCAGGUUUCUGGUGAAUACUCAAUGAUAAAAGCUGGCGGUGCGCUCAAAAUGAUUGAUGAAGAAAAAGUUAUGAUGGAGUCACUAUUGUGCCUCCGACGGGCUGGUGCUGACAUCAUCCUUACAUAUUUUGCUCUGCAAGCUGCCAGAAGUUUGUGUGGAGAGAAGAGAUGAGAUUCUUUAAAUAUGUAGCGCAUUGUUCACUGUAGAAUGCCCAAAAGCUCAAAGCAUUUUGCCAGUACGCAGGGCUUAAAAAUUAUGCUGUUUUCUAAUCCAUUUAUUUAAACGUGUCAGUUGUCAAGGCAUUGUUGUAUAAUUAGAGAGAAUGUGCUCAGCUGCGGAAUAUUUCGUACUGUAAUAUAUUUGGUGGUGAAAUGAAGUGUAUCUUUGAAAGUAAAUGCUUCUGUUCCAUUUGUCUUCUGUUUUUAGUACAGAAUGCAAUUUAUGUUGUAAAACAUGUAAUGGAUGAUAUGAUUGGCCCAUUGUUUUCAUGUG